UCAGUGAAACUGAUCUGGAUGCAGAGCAUGCUGCAGCUUCUGCCAAUAUCUUCCGGGUGUGGUUCCCUUGAAUCUCUCUAUAAAAGCAGAACCCAACAUCUCAGUGGUGCAAACCGAGUGUAACUGAGCUGUCUACAAUGAGCAUCCUUUCGCAUAUCACUUGUCUGCUACUGCUGCGUUCCUGCAGCCCAGGUUUCUCCAUGCAUGAUGGCAUUAUUGGUGGUAAAGUUUCCAUUCCCCACAGUCGACCCUACAUGGUCUACAUUCGUGACAAGAUAUCAAAAGUAGCAUGUGGUGGUUUUUUGGUAAGAGAGGAUUAUGUGAUGACAGCUGCCCACUGUAAACGAAGUCAUCUUAUGGUCUAUUUGGGGGUCAAUGAUACCAACUUUUUACCUGACGGUAUAGAGGUAGAUCCCUUCCCACAUCCAAAAUUCAAUAUGAAUAGAACAGAUCAUGACAUCAUGCUUCUAAAGCUGAAAACCCCAGCAACUCUGAACAAAAUCGUGAGUACUAUCGCUUUUCCAAAACCUGAGAAUGAACAAAUCCAAAAGGAUUGCAUGGUCAUGGGUUGGGGCUGGAAGAAAUUCCACGAUGAGUCUCCAUCAAAUGUGCUCAAAGAAGCAAACGUGACUCUGAUAGACUCUGAAAACUGUGGCACGGCUGACACUCUGUGCACUGAGGGAUCAACUGGACCAGCACAGGGAGACUCUGGGGGUCCACUUGUUUGUGGAGGUGUUGCAGAGGGAAUUGUGUCUUUUUCCAAAACCAAGAGCAAUGCAGACCACCUCACAGCAUACACUCAUAUUUCCCACUACCUUUCAUGGAUUCAUGACGAAAUGAAACCACCGACUCAGCAGCAAUUUGAAACAUGGAAGGGCAAACUGGAUAAACUCAUUUAGUUUUCUGGUUCAAUGCAAGUUCUAUCAUUUAUGUUUGGUGUUAGUUUUACACCAGUCAGCAUAUGUGUGACAAUAAAUGUGCAAGUUUAAAGGGA